UAGUAUUUAUUAUUAAAUAUUUCAGGAGAUUGCUGCAAAUGGGAUUAUAUAAUACUGAAAUAUUCAACAACUUAGGGUUAUGUUCUUUUUAUGCCCAACAAUUUGAUGUAGUUGUGGUCUGCUUUGAAAAUGCUCUACGACUUGCUUUAGAUGAUAAUGCUGCAGAUGUAUGGUAUAAUAUUAGUCAUGUGGCUAUUGGAUUUGGAGAUUUAGAUAUAGCUGAAAAUUGUUUGCAUUUAGCAUUAUCUAUAAAUAGUUCCCAUGCUGCAGUUCUCAACAACCUUGCUGUAUUACAGUGGUUCAAAAAUGACAUUUCUAAAGCUAAAUCAUUAUUAAAUUCAGCUAUUGCUGCAGAAGAUCAUCUUUAUGAACCAUUUUAUAAUAAAGCUAUAUUAGCUCAAGAGAUAUUCUUGAGUUUUCAUUGAAUGAAUUUCAAAAAAAGUCAAUAUAGUACUGUUACUUAUAUACUAGUAUUAUAGCAAUGAUAAUUAUUUUCAGGAAGGUGAUCACCAAUCUAGCUAUGUGAUGAUAAAGAAAUCUCUUGAAGUUUAUCCAAAUCAUUAUAACUCUAAAGACAUUUUAAAUGAAUUAAAAAAAUAUUUUUCUAGUCUAUAAAAAUAGUUUUUUUUAAUAUUGUACCAAAAUAAAUAUUUAAUUUAAUUUA